AUGGAAAUGUCUAGAGGAAGCAACAGUUUUGACAAUAAGAAAACUAGUUGUCAAAGAGGUCACUGGAGACCUAUUGAAGACGACCAUCUCCGGCAACUCGUGGAACAAUAUGGUCCCAAGAACUGGAAUUUCAUUGCUCAACAUCUUUGUGGAAGAUCAGGGAAAAGUUGUAGAUUGAGAUGGUAUAAUCAACUUGAUCCAAAUAUCACCAAGAAACCUUUCACUGAGGAAGAAGAAGAGAGACUUCUCAAAGCUCAUCGGAUUCAAGGGAACCGUUGGGCUUCUAUAGCCAGGUUAUUCCCCGGGAGGACUGAUAACGCUGUCAAGAACCAUUUUCAUGUCAUCAUGGCUAGACGCAAACGUGAAAGCUUAUCUUCAACGUCUACUUCUACGUUCAACCAAAGUUGGCAUAAUAUAUUAAGCCCUAGUUCUAGUCUUACAAGGCUUAAUAGAUCCCAGUUUGGUCUAUGGAGGUAUGAAAAGGAUACGAGUCGCGGUCUCUGGCCUUGCACUUUUGUUUCAACACCUAGAGAUGAUCAGUUUGGAUCUUCAUCGGUCUCAAAUAAUGUACGCAAAGAUGAGAGGGGAAAGUCGAAAGAGUUGAUGGAUCAUCAGAAUAAUGCAUUUCAUGCAGCUACACCAGAUCAUAAGAAGAACUCAGGUGAAGAUGGACCAUCCACGGGAGAUGAUGGUGGGAAGAAAAAUGUUGCUUUCAUUGAUUUUCUUGGAGUUGGAUUAGUUUCUUAG